AUGGCAAGAGAUGUGUUUGGGGCUGUUCUGCUGCAACGAGGCGGGUCGCUCUCGGGCUCCGCCUCCAGCCCUCCCGGCUCCGCCUCGGCUCCUCCUCCUCCUCCUCCUUCUUCAGCGCUUCCCCGGGCGCCGGCAGUAACAGCUGCGAUCACGCUGUGGCCGUCCCAGCCCGAGCAUGCUCACUGCGCGCCCGGGUGCGCGCCCGGCGCUGGCGCGUGCUGCUGCUGCUGCUGCUUUGGGCCGGGGCCGGGGUGCCUGCCGCCGCCGCGGCCCCCAGCCCCGCCGCUCUUCAACGUGAGCCUGGACGCGGCGCCCGAGCUGCGCUGGCUGCCGGUGCUGCAGCACUUCGACCUGGACUUCUUGCGCAGCGCGAUGGCGCACAUCCUCGGGGAUAAGGUCCCCAAGUGGGUCCACGCAGUGAUGCGAGUGGCGAUGGGGGAGCUGGAAGGCUCCCUGCCCCAGCCCUACGCCGAUGAGAUCCGCGGCAUGUGCGACGCCCUGGGCUUCAGGCUGGCGGACUGCAUCCUCAUCAACCUGGCCUACGAGUCCACCGCAUUCUGCACCAGUAUUGUGGCUCAAGACUCCAAAGGCCACAUUUACCAUGGCCGGAAUCUGGAUUAUCCAUUUGGGGAUUUCUUACGCAAAAUGACUGUGGAUGUACAAUUCUUAAAGAACGGGCAGGUUGCAUUCACUGGAACCACUUUUAUUGGCUAUGUAGGAUUAUGGACUGGUCAAAGUCCUUACAAGUUUACAAUCUCUGGCGACGAACGAGAUAAAGGCUGGUGGUGGGAGAAUGCGAUCGCUGCCUUUUUUCAGAGACACUCUCCGAUCAGCUGGCUUAUCCGCACUACCCUGAGCGAAUCGGAAAACUUCGAAGCAGCUGUUGACAAACUGGCCAAGACUCCGCUUAUUGCUGAUGUGUACUACAUUGUUGGCGGCAUGUCCCCCCGGGAAGGAGUAGUCAUCACGAGGAACAGAAGAGGCCCGGCAGACAUUUGGCCUCUAGAUCCUUUAAAUGGAGCUCUCCAAUGACCUUGGAAAGAUAAGAUGAUGUGCUGUGUUGUAGGUGGUUCCGAGUGGAGACAAAUUAUGACCACUGGAAGCCAGCGCCUGCGAGGGAUGACCGAAG